GCUCAGUUCAAUUCGAGACCGUUCCGCUUAGCAGCAGAUACUGACUCAUCAGUUUAGACAGAAUGCUGCAUCGUAUGAAAUUAAUUUUGUGCUUUUGCAUCAUUCUAUGCACGUCAAGCAAUAAAGCCGACGACAAUGAACCUCCAUUAACCAAACUUAGUACAAAAACAGGACCGACGUUAAAAUUUUUUUAUUGUUACUCUUGUGGAUAUAGAAAAGUCUUUGAAGAAUAUGUCAGUAUUCUUCAGCAAAAGUAUCCAGAAUUAAAAAUUGAUGGAGAAAACUAUAUUCCCUCUAAAAAUAAAAUACUCUUUGCUAAAUCAUUCUGUUUUUUGAAAAUAGCACUGCUAGUUCUAAUAAUAAGUGGAUUUGACUUCGCAGAGCUAGGAGAACCAUCAUCACUGUGGCAAUGGUGCAUAAACAAUCGAUUUUAUUCUUGCAUAAUGAUAUUUUUUACUUUUAAUACGAUAGAGGGGUAUUUCAUGUCAUCAGGAGCUUUUGAAAUACAUUUCAAUGAUGUUCCUGUAUGGUCCAAACUGGAAACUGGUAGAAUACCACAGCUGUUUGAACUUUUCCAAAUAAUAGAAUCUCAUUUGAAUAUGCAAUAUCCAGAUGUAAAUAUAGUAUAG